CAAAGAUGAACUUUACCUACCUACCUGACCAGGCCUCAAGAGUAGUUAAGACGUCUUUCUAUAAAAUCGGCUGAGUCUCUGCCUUUAUCUUGUUCUGGAACAUUUUUCACGCAAUAAAAGCAAUAUUAGAAAGCCGAAGAAGCCUAAAAAAUGGAAGUUAUACUAGAAAGCUGAAGAAGCUGGGAAGCAAUCAAAACCAAGACGUUCCUUCCUCCUAAUCAUCUCAUCAAGGACAUGGGCAAUAUAAUGUGGAUUGGUAUUGGUGUGAUUUUGUCAUUUGCAACAUUUGGUACAAUUGGAAUUUUAUCAACAGCUGCUUACGUGCUAACACUUUGCUGUGGGUUCUUAUUUGUCCUUGGGAAUCAUGCUUUUCAAAGAUCACAAAUUGAACUCAGUCGGCAUGAUCCACCAUUAAUGCUAAGAGAGGAUCCUCACAGGGGAAUACUUAAAGCCUUUGAGUGUUUAGAACAGGCACAGCAAUCAUUCAAAUAUGACAAGCGUUUAACAGGCUCAAGCUCUUUGGAUGCUGCUUUACAAGAGGUGCUUGAAUAUUUCCUUCGUGAUUAUGUUGAAUACUGGUACAAUACAAUCAGUGAUCAUGAAGCUUUUUUGUAUCACUUGCGGCAAGUUAUUCAAAGAGGGAUAAUUACAUUUGCUAGCAGGUCAAAAGACCUGCAAUGGGUGAAUUAUUUAACAACAAGACUGGUAGAUGACUUUGCAAAUCAUUUGAAAAUAUUUCGAAUAACUAAAGACAGAAUAGCUAAGAAAGCUGAGGAAGAAAGGGGUCAAGGCACGCUAGAUGACUCAAAUGCUCAAGUUGAAGCAGACUUGGAGAAAAUUUUCUUCCAGGUUGAAAGGGAAAUAGAGAAGGGAAGGUCUAGGGAGGGCGUAUGUAUGGAUGAUGAGAAAGAAAGAGGAUACCUACAAGAUAUAUCAGAAGUGUUGCUGUACCUUCUUCUCCCCGAAGAGGACUUUGAAAACAAAAACAUUAGAUAUUUUUUAAGGGAGAUUAUUGCUGUAAAAGUGAUUCUUCCAACUGCUGAAAUGGUUUGUGAUCCUGAUUACAUAAAUCAAACCAUUUCUUGGUUUUGUGCCAAGGAGGCAGCCUGGACAGUUGAACAUUUCCUCACGACAAUAAAGAUGUGUGACGAUUUGGAAGAUUUAGAAGAAACAAAGAAGAAAGUAGAUAUAGAAAUUGCCAAGCUACGGUCAUUAGAUUCUGAGACAUUUGGAUCCAACGAUUCAGAGGUGAAUAUCAAAAAGAGGCUUGGGAGUCUUAUGUAUGUCCGCAAGCUCUGUGUGUCUCAGAUACGACGGGUGAAAGCUGGAGAAAUAGGACAACAGCCAUUUUUGGAGCCCGAACCGGAGCCUGGGCCAGAACUACUCAAUUUGAUAGGCACAAAGAGGGUGCCCAAGCUGUCAAUUAAAACCAUCCUAGAAGACAAUACCGCCCUGUCAUAUUUUAUUGAAUACAUGGGUGGACACAAUGCAGAGCAUUAUGUUUUCUUCUAUUUGACUGUCGAGGGAUUCCGAGCCACUGCCGAGCAACAGUUGUCGAUAUUUGCAGAGGAAACAGUCAGAGCUCAAGAAAUUGGUUCACAAAAUCGAGCUGAUUUGGACUUUGAGCAACUACGAGGGGCAGCUGCAAAUAUUUAUGAAGAGUAUAUAUCUCCAAAGGCUUCCCCAAGAAUUGUUCUCGAAGAUCAGCAGGUACGAAAAAUUGUCAAAGAUAUCAGGAGCCUGGAACCUAGUGGGGCAUACUUUGACUCAGCUCAGAUGCAGGUGUUCAAGAUAUUAUCAAGUCAAAAAUACUACGGAGCAUUUCUUAACAGCACUGCAUAUAUCAAAUGCCUAAUGGAUAUGGAUCUCAUCAAAGACAAAUCAGAUGAUGGAAACGAGUCUCCCUACACAGAAGAUGACGUUGCCAGCACGAUGAGCACGGAUUCUGAAGUGGGGAAAGAGAGGGUGUUAGAUACAAAACCUGCUACUGAACCAAGUCCUGAGCAGCUCUGGACACCCGACAGUGAAGUUAGAUAUUCUGCAUCAAUCACAAGAGCAGGAAUUUGCAAGGAAAAGAACAAAUCUUAUGGUGUGUACUCCAUUCAGGUUUGCAAAACGGACGCGGCGGCCUCAACCAACUGGAUUGUGUGUCGAAGAUACAGUGAUUUCCACGACUUACAUAUGAAGCUGCGCGAAAAGUUUUCUUCGCUAUCGUCUUUGACUUUGCCCGGCAAAAAAACAUUUGGAAACAUGGAUCGAAAUUUUAUUGAAAAAAGAAAGCAAGCUCUUGAGGAUUACUUGUUGUAUUUGCUGUCCACUGAGAUACUUACUGAAAAUCGAGGGCUGUAUGAGCUUGUGAUUGGAUUUCUUGAGCCUGGUGAAUAUUACAAAGGAAAAAGCGCUAUAUCUAGAAAAAUAGAUCAUAUUGCUCAGCCCAUCAAAGCUUCUGUUAAAGCUGCCACAAAAUCAAACAAACCAAGGCCAGAAGUAUUGUCUAGACCUAAUAAUGACCUGGUUGAUAGUAUUAAAGGGAAGGCAAGCAAGAACAGCGAAGAAAAUCUUUUUAUUGGAAAGCUUUCAGAAUCACUUGAUGCUGAGGACGAGGACAAUAUCCCUCUGCGAAUUCUACUACUGCUAAUGGAUGAAAUAUUUGACCUUAAAGAUAGAAAUCAAUGGAUAAGGAGAAGAAUUGUUGUUAUCUUGAAGCAAAUAAUCAAAACGACGUAUGGUGACCGAAUAAAUAGAAAAAUUGUAGAAAAUGUGGAUUACUUAACAAGUUCCGAACAGAUAGUCGAAUAUGUAAAGACGUUUAGGGAUUCGUUUUGGCCUGGUGGUAUUUUGGCAGAACCGUAUCCUAUCAGGCCUUAUGAUGUGUGCAGAAGAAUGCGCAUGGUAACCAAAGCCAAGAUGUUUGGUAGCAUUCCAGAUGACCUGAAAAGAUUUCUAGGAACAGAGGUCACUAGAGAAGGUGUUGGAAGGAUGUUUGACAUGUUCCAGCAUCUCAACUUGAACAAAAGACUCUUCUAUGUACAAUUUGAGUCAUUACUAGAGUCCUUGUUCCCUGAAAACAAAUUCUCAGAUAUUUUCAAGAAGAUCCAUUCAAGAUCAGAUGGAAUUUCAGCUACAUGCUAA